CGACUUGACAAAACGAAAGCGAUACUGCAAGUUUUAACAAUGAGAGCUCGGCAUUGUAUGAUAGUUUUAUUGUUGGGAUGUAAUAUAACUUUCUCUUUAGGUUUUCUUGACGUUGUAGUGGCUGUGGCAUCUCAUGUGUUUGACAAACUGUUUAAAACUGACGGUUUGCUGCCUUUUAACCGUACACGUUUACAGGCAGAUUUUGACAAAUCUCUCUACGGACAGCACAUCGUCUCUGAUGUUGUGCCAAAAUCUGUAUCAUUCUUCAUGACUGACAAAAACCCAAACAAACCUCUGGUCCUUUCUUUCCAUGGGACUGCGGGAACUGGAAAAAACCACGUUGCUAAAAUCAUCGCAAGAAAUGUAUAUAAAAAAGGAGAGAAAAGCAAGCACGUUCACACAUUUAUAUCUCAGUUUCAUUUCCCACAUCAAGAAAAUGUGCACAUGUACAGUGCUCAGCUAAAGCAGUGGAUUCAUGGAAAUGUAUCCAGCUUUCCCCGCUCCAUGUUUAUAUUUGAUGAAAUGGACAAAAUGCAUCCAGAGCUGAUCGACAUCAUAAAACCUUUUCUAGACUACAAUUACAAUGUGGAUGGAGUAUCAUUUCACACUGCGAUCUUCAUUUUUCUAAGUAAUGCAGGUGGCAAUGUGAUUGUUGACUUGGCUCUGGACUUCUGGAGAAAAGGGAAAAGUCGGGAAGAACUAAGGAUGAACAGCAGCAAGCUGGAGACUAAAAUCUCUAAAGACAUCUUUAAUGGAAACAGUGGAUUUCUGCACUCUAGUCUCAUAGAUCAUCAUCUGAUUGAUCACUUUGUUCCCUUCCUACCUCUGGAGUUGAAGCAUGUGCGCCAGUGUGUCUUGGCUGAGAUGGAGCAUCUAGAGAUCCCAAAAAAUGAUGAUCUGGCAGAUAAAGUGGCCCAAGACAUGCCUUACUUCCCUGAUGAAGAGCGAAUCUUUGCUGUUAAAGGCUGCAAGUCAGUCAGACAGAAGUUGGUGAUGCAUGCUGAUGAAUAGAAGACACACUUUUUCGCCUUAUUUUUGACCUUGGACUCUCCACCA